GGCUCUGGGCUCUGUGCUGAGAGAGACACAGUAACAGCAGCAAGAAGCAGGAGUGGUUUUAGCUGCUGAAAUGCGGCAGCACGGCGGGCCGCGCAGUUAACGCCGUUGUGCGCAGUGUUGUCCAGGGUUGUAGCUAAUUAGUUAGCUUAGCUUCAUAGUCCGCUGCUAGCCAGUUUAUAGCCUGUAUUUCGUGUUGUGCUCAUUAGAUAAGUAACGGCUGGUUAUUAAUUACAGAACUGUUAGUUAGUUUCUGUGUAAAGGCUCGGUUUCGCUUACUGCUGUUGUGUAGAUAUAUUACCCUAGUGUUCUCUGAUUGGCCGCUCUGGUUAGUGUUGAAUAUGUAGCGUAGACUAGUUUCACUGAACUGAGUUAAUGAAGUUUUUCUCUCAGAAUAAAGGUAUUGUUAAGUAACAGGACUGCGAGCUGCUGUGUAAUGUGAGCACCGUUAGCUUCUGGCUAAUUGCCCGGGUUUAGUGGGGCUGAUGAAGCUGAGCGCGCCAUUAUCUGAACUCUCCCGCCGAUCUGCCGCCGCUGCUGCUGCCUCCUCGGUUUAAGGGCGGUCAGCUCGGUUAUCGGCGGAUUUGCAGGUUGUUUUGGGGUUAGGAUUUCCACCAGUUGAUACGUUUCAGACUAGAGACCAGGACGGAUGCUUUUGAAAUAAGCUUUUUCCCAUAUUGUAGUCCUCGUGCACUCCUUUUCCUUACAUUCCUCUUUUUCAGUGAGAGAAGAGAGCUUUAGUUUGUCCUGACAGGAUUUUAGGUGGACUGAAACGGUGUCUGGGCCAUUUCCAUACACCUGUGAAUAUGCUUGUUGGUCAGUUCAGAUUUAAGUGGGUUUGUCUGUUAGAUUUGUUUUGUGUUGUUGUGGUGCUUAGCGCUGCAAACAACGGAGAACAGUUGGUUUAGAACUGCAUUUAGGAAGAAUUAACACACAUGACUGUCCAUUCCUGGUUUAAAAGUUAGUUUUAGUUUUUCCUUUUUAACAGCACACAAUCUGGAUCAGCAUUUGCUGGCUUUCUUCUCUGAUUGCUGUUUCACACUUUGUAUCACCCCUGUAUGAGCACCUCUUACAUAGGUCUGAUUGACUGCAGAGCGUCUGUCUUUGGUAAUAUUUGCAAUGCAUCUGAUUUGAUCUGUGAGUUUUUUGGGAGCACAAAUCCUUUACUGGCUAGAGAAGUGACACCUAAAUGGUCAGGAUCAACAAAGGAGUCUACAAAUCUAUAAAUGUCAAGUAUAGAGUUCUUCAACCCUAGAAUUUGGACCGGAUUUUCAGCCCUGCAGCUAACAAUGAAGAAAGAAAUUGCGGCAGUGGUGUUUUUCUUAAAGCGGUUGAUCAAGAAGGCUGAGAAGCUGGAUGUGGAGAAAGUGGAUCUGUUUGUGGAGCGGUUGACUGUGGCUCUGCAGGAAAAGUUCAGAGGUCACUGGUAUCCAGACAACCCUAACAAAGGCCAGGCUUUCAGGUGUAUUCGCGUAAACCGGUUCCUUAAAGAAGACCCAGAGCUACUGAGAGCCUGUGCUGAAAGCGGUGUGCAGUAUAAGGACCUUGGUCUUCCCAAAGAGCUCACAUUGUGGGUAGAUCCAGGAGAGGUGUGCUGCAGAUAUGGUGAGAGGAACCUUGCCUUCACUGUUGCCAGUUUUUCAAGUGAGGGUGAUGAUGAUGACAAAGAGGAUGUGACGAAGAAGGUAACCAGUGCUGUAGAGAGAGUGACCUCAGAUUAUCAUUCAGGAUCUUCUUCAGAUGAGGACAGUGGCUGCAGAGAGUCCUGUUUCACUCCAAGUUUCACUCAUAAUUGUCCCCCUUACCAGUUCAUCUACCCCGGUGCUCCUGUGUGGCAUCCUGUAUCCAGAAAGAAGCUUGGACCAGGGAAAGGACAUGGCCCGCCACGGCCAAACCAUUUUUUCCACCCUCCUGGGAGACACAGCCACUCCUUUAAACCAAACAGCUGGGUACCGAAUAGCUACCGAAGCAAACAUGGUUACUGGGUCAACAUGCCCAACAUGGUCCACCAACAUUAGUUACUAGUGUAGCACUGGUAGUUUAUGGUUCUGUGAAGGUGGAGGUUUUUGAAUAUACCACUAAGAUUACUGACCAAAUUUUUAAAGUAUUUUUGUAGUUCAGUUGUCACUUUUCAAAUUUGUGACCUUGUAUAUUUUUAAAGAAAUAUAACAGUAAGUCUUUUGCACUUUAGAGGGUUUGUAAUCAAGUGUUUAUAACAUAAUCUAUAUGUAUUGGAUUAGAAGUAUUUGGACAUUUUUAUAGGAAUUGUACUGUUUGUUACGUGGGAUCAAUAUUUGAUUAUACUUUACCCUAGUGUUUGUCAGUUGUGUUUCAAUGACCAUAUGUUUUAUUUAUUCACAUUAAAGUAUCGUUGAGAACAAUUAAGUUAUAAAUUCCAUUAAAACACAUAUUUUCUAAUCAAAAUGA